AUGGCGUCUGAUAGAACCAUCAGAGAUCUCUUCCCUGCUAUCGUUGUCCAAUUGACUCGAGAGACAAGCGGCACGCCCUCAAUCCACGACUCUGAUGAUGGCUCUUCUUUCGAUGCCAAUGAAAACCCUACUCCAGUGAAAAGGCAAUCGUUGCCACAAGCCGAUGGUGCUGAUAUUCGCCCAACUCCUAUUCAUUUCCCCCGUCAGCUAACCAAAGGAAACGACUCAGACCGCAGACCUGUUUCUCCUCUUAGAUCGACUCAAGUUCGAUUUGCUCCAGUUGGAGAAAAUUCUGAGGAGUGCCUACCUACAGCGAGUCAAACUGUUUCUUCUUGCAAUACCUGUCGUGCUUCCAUCCCCACUCGCCAUCCUCAAAGCACUAAUACAGACUCCACGAAUGCAGAGGGACGCCCCGAGGAUGCAACUCCCAUUGCCACUCCUAGAAUAAGACUCGUUCUCAGAAAGAGACCUCGCCAGGCCACCUCGGACUCGGACACUGUUUCAGACUCGGCGAAUGCAAAGGAACGCCCGAAGGACGUGACUCCCACUGCUAGAAUAAGACUUGUUGUCAACAAGAAACCUCGUGAGAGAACCCCUGACUCUUUUUCUCUUGGGAUACUCGUUGUCAAAAAGAGAUCUCGCGAGGCCACUCCGGACUCGAACAUUGUCUCAGACUCGACGAAUGCAAAGGGACACCCCAAGGACGUGACUCCCAUUGUCACUCCUGUCAGGGUAAAAUUCGUUUCCAAAGAGAGACCUUGUCAGUCCACCCUGGACUCCAUUCCCUCGACUGUUCCAUCCGAUCCUGUCAGCGAGCGUCUUUUGUCCCUUGCCAGACCUGGAAAUUCAUCAUCCCAUGUCGAUUCUGAUCUGCUGAACCCUGCUGAGAAAACGCCUGUUGAGUCCUCUUUCGUCCCCGGGUCCAAUAUGGAUCUUCCUAAGCCUAGUGCUUUCAGCACAUCUCAUGGAUCUUCUUCUGACUACGACGAGACAUCGACUAGUAUCAAUCCUACCUCGGAGCUCCCCGCUACCAGCGCAUCUCCUCAGCCCCGUUCGAGCUCUGACGAAGCUCCCUCCCGCGACGCUGGUCACCUAUCUCCUACACUGGAUUUCGUCCCUUCUACACCCCCGAACCCUUCCAUCGACCCUUCGAUGGAUCCUUCGAUGGAUCCUUCCAUGGAUCCGUAUAUGGACGCAUACCAGCAGCCAUUUGAUUCAGCGGUAAUGUCGGGAAUCACCCCAUUCGAAGACCCUAAUAUCCUCCCCUCCACAUUCGUGUACCCCGAAGAGAUUCCCGACCACAGCAACUGGACCAUUGACCCCAUGGGCGUCUACACCCCCGAGGAGUAUGAACGCAUCCUGGCGUCUGAGCAGGAGGUUCUGCGUGAAAUGGCUGACCCCCAUACCGAUAAUCCAACGUAUCUGUAUGGUCGGAGAGUAGAGCCGCAUUACACUACCAUUGAUGACCUGGACCGUAUCUUUGCUGAGAUAGAAGCUGCCACCGCUGGCAUAGAUUUUCUACAGCCUGAAUAUUGGGCUGCUAUCGGCCGCGAUCAGCCUGGUCCAUCUCAAGCUAGUACACUUGAGUUCGAUCAACUUGCUCAUGCUCCAUCCGUUUCUGAAACCCUUCAGUCAGUGGAGGAAGCAGACGCAGGCUCAGCGGCAAAGCGUGCCCGACACAGUUCACCCAAAAAGAGCUCGAGCCCGGAGCUAUCAAGCACACUUUCAGCCAGAACCUCAGUCUCGAUCCAGCGUCGCAUCGCCUCAACCAAGACCAAGACUGCGACACCUCCGUCUAAGUUAACCUCGAAACGCCACCGUUCCAAGAACCAGUCCGCGACACAUGCACCUGCCUCAUCGUCAUCCCGUCGUCGUUCGAAAGCCAGCAUGAAGACCGAAACGGCUACUCCAGAGGCACAGGUCACCGUCUCCGUCUCCCCGCGCCGUCUGCGCAGUUCGGACGUCAUGCCCAGCUCCAGCUCCAGCACGAAGAAGAACCCCAAGGGCAACGCAACCCCAGAUUCUUGGGAGACAGCAUCUACCGCAGACAAGAUAAUGUCGCAGAUGAAGGAGACGACGUCGAUGUCGUGGACGGAAAUCACCAGGGCAUGGAAUGAGAAUCGAAGUGACUCGGACGACGAGAUGGCAAUGCGAGCUCUAGCCAAGCGAUGGGGACGAAUCAAGGAUAGAAUUGGUCCUUGGCCCGGUUUCGACGAUGUUCUUCUGGAUACCUUGCGCGAGUUCGAUUCGAAGCUGGAUGACGAGAGCUUUGAGCAGAUUGCUGAGGAUGUUUCGAUUCAGCUUGGCUGGGAGGUUUCUGACACGGCUUGCCAGGGUCGAUACGAAGUCCUCAAGGAGUCUGGCAAGGUCAAUGUGAAGGGUAAGGGGAGGGCUCGAAAGUAA